ACGUGGCUGCUAGAGCUUACUGCGUUGUACGUCUCCCAGUCCCCUAGUUGUCAAACAAAUCUUCAGAGUUGGCGCGGCUUUACUAUCUUACAGGCUAUAGUAGACAUCGAUCACAAAUAAUUUGCUGUGUCUUACUUAAAACAACUUAUUUGUUCAUUCAUCUGCUGUCUACGAUGUCUUCUAACGGUACCACCAGUAUAGGCCUAAACUGCCCUAUUCCCAGUCGCUUUGAGCAGUCAAAAGACUGGUCUCAGCUGGCCGACUCCUACAGUCAGACGCCUGGAGGCACCCUGUUCUCCACGACACCUGGAGGAACCAGGAUAAUCUAUGACAGAAAGUUCCUGCUGGAAUGUCGGAAUUCACCAAUCGCACGUACCCCUCCGUGCUGUCUCCCCCACAUCCCAGGGGUCACGGCACCGGCCCAGCACCCUCUGGGCAAGCUGAAGGAAAUGGACGAGAACAAAGACAUCUCGGCUGACGAUGCCCAGUUUGUGAUUGACAUCUGAACCUACUCGUCCAGACCAAUUCUUUUGGAGAAAUUGUAUUCUGUUCAGACCACUGGGUGGUCGCUCUACUGGUCAUACUCUCACUGUAGAUUCCCUCCUGUCUAAUCCUGGUGGAUGAUUAAUGAACUGUCAAACACUCAGAGAGUUGAUCUCUGAGGCUGGAAGCAAGAAUUCUGGGUAAAUUUGGGAAGGGUGGCUGCAGUCAGUCUGUUAACUGCUUUUCAUCUUGAUGUGCUUUUUUUCUUUUUGUACUUUCUGUUUUUUCAGGAUGAAUGAAUUUAUCAUUUUGAGUUUUAUUAAUUUCUUCAGGAUUAAUGAAUUUAUCAUUUUGAGUUUUAUUAAUGGGAACUAUUUUUUUGAAGUUGCAUUUUUAUACAUGGUCUGGGGGUUGGCAGCUGAUUACAAGGGUAUUCAGAGAUGACUUCAAUUCAUCUCUGGGCUCUUUGAGAGUGUGCUGUUCCACUGCAGAGAAAAUAAAUAAAACAGAAAGAAAUGUAAAAAGUUA